CACCUUCCCGGCCGGCGAGACCACUGCUGUCGUCGGCGCAUCUGGAUCUGGUAAAUCUAUGGUUGUAUCUCUCACGGAACGGUUCUACGAUCAGCUCAGUGGCUCCGUUAUGCUUGACGGAACUGACUUGCGAGAGCUGGAUAUAAAAUGGUUGCGCUCUCAGACCGUGGUUGAAACAUUGUUUGUACCGAGGUUCGAAAAGGAUGUAGAUGGAGGACAACCCUCACUUUACAUAUCCUUGAGGGAGGUCGGAGAUGACUCGAGUUUGAUACGCCUAGAGCUAGGUCUAGUAGGGCUGCCAGUGGAGAAGGGGAAGCGCAAAAAGCUUCUCAUUACAUGUGUUCAACGGAGGAGAUAGUCGGUCGGGUACUCAAGCAACGUAGACAAAUGCGUGACCGAGGAUUGUCUCUCCGUUCUCCACGUGCCACCGCCUUCCGGUCCGCAUCG